AUGUUGUUUGUUAGAACAGCUGUCACCGCUACUCGAGGUGUAUCCGGGCUUCGUGCCUUUUCGACGGCACGCGUCUUUCGCGCUGAGCUGGCUUACCAAGUCUACGGUCCGGAGAAAGAGCAGGCUACUCGGGAUCCCAUUCUGUUCCUGCAUGGACUCUUCGGCUCUAAGCAAAAUAAUCGGAGUAUCAGCAAAGCCCUAGCCCGCGAUUUGAAGCGUCAAAUUUUCUGUCUGGAUCUACGGAACCAUGGACAGUCUUUCCAUGCCCCGGAACACAAUUAUAGUGCGAUGGCCGACGACGUCCAGGAAUUCAUUCAGCAACAAAAGAUGGAUAAGUGUGUUCUCAUCGGACACUCCAUGGGCGCCAAAGUGGCAAUGACAAUGGCCCUCCGUACUCCGGAGCGCGUCUCGGGCCUGAUUCCCGUGGACAACGCUCCAGUCAACGCAACGCUGAAGAGCGACUUCCCUAAAUAUGUGCGCGGAAUGCAGCAUGUAGAAAAUGAAAAGGUGAAGAAGCAGUCGGAAGCCAGCAAGAUUCUUGAGGCCUACGAAGAGUCUCUUGGAAUCCGUCAAUUCCUUCUCACCAACUUGAUCCGCUCUGAGGAUGAUGGGACAUACAAGUUCCGUGUUCCCUUGGCAGUCUUGGGCAAAUCUCUUGACAACAUGGCAGACUUCCCAUAUGGCCAGUCGGACUCCAUUCAAUACAAUGGGCCAGCAUUGUUCGUUCGCGGAACGAAGUCUCAAUACGUAUCAGAUGACACACUGCCGGCUAUCAAGAAAUUCUUUCCGAGCGCACAGGUUGCCGACGUUGAGGCUGGACACUGGCUUAUUUCUGAAAACCCCGAGGGAUUCAGACAGGCGGUGGUGAAAUUUCUGGGAUCACCCUAA